CUCCGUUAACCACGCCCUUGGCGUUGUGCGGCGCUUGUUCCUUUUACUUCCGCUUGUUGUUAUGCUUCGCUGUGUGUCCGGCCUGUGCAGGGCAAGGGGGGUUCUGCCCCGGGCUACUCUGGGCUUCUGUCCGUCUCCGAGGAACCCCGGGCACCGCCGUGGGAAGUGGAGAGGAGGUGAGAUAUUUGAAGUAUGCAAGAUGGCUUCCGGCAGUACGCAGACGCCAACAGGCCGUGUUAAUCGUCUUAUCAAUGAGAAGUCUCUGUACCUUCAGCAGCAUGCACGGAACCCUGUGGACUGGUAUCCGUGGGGUCAGGAGGCUUUUAGCAGGGCAGCCAGAGAGAUGAAGCCAAUAUUUCUCUCGGUUGGCUAUUCCACCUGCCACUGGUGCCACGUAAUGGAGAGAGAAUCGUUUGAGGAUGAAGAGAUUGGACGGAUUCUAAAUGAGAAUUUCAUCUGCGUGAAAGUAGAUCGGGAGGAGAGGCCGGAUAUAGACAAGGUGUACAUGACAUUCCUACAGGCUACUGAUAGUGGUGGCGGGUGGCCCAUGAGUGUUUGGCUUACACCUGAUCUCCGACCUUUUGUGGGCGGGACCUACUUCCCACCUGAAGACGGCGUGCGCAAGGUCAGCUUUCGGACUGUUCUGCUACGGAUAGUUGAACAGUGGAAAGAAAACAGGGCCUUUCUAUGUGAGAGAAGUGAGCGGAUUCUUAGUGUACUACAGAGCAGCUCUGGUAUCGACGGAGCAGCAGAGCCUCCACUGAGCCUCCCAGUGCAGAAACUCUGCUUCCAACAGCUGGAAAGAAUAUUCGAUGAGGAGUAUGGGGGUUUUGGAGAAUUUCCCAAAUUUCCCACCCCAGUGAAUUUUAGCUUCCUUUUCUGUUUGUGGGCCUUAAGUAAAGGAAGCCCUGAAGGGACUCAAGCUCUGCAUAUGGCAGUCCAUACACUGAAAUGGAUGAUGUACGGAGGUAUCCAUGAUCAUAUUGGAAAGGGCUUUCAUCGGUACUCCACUGACCAGACCUGGCAUGUGCCUCACUUUGAGAAAAUGCUGUAUGAUCAAGCCCAGUUAGCUGUAGCAUAUGCAGAAGCCUUUCAGAUAUCUGGAAAGGAAAUCUUUAGUGACGCUGCCCAUGAUAUACUACAGUACGUGCUUCAAAAUCUGAGUGAUGAUGCUGGUGGGUUCUACAGCGCAGAGGAUGCAGACUCGCUCCCAAAUGCCCAGUCCAAGGAAAAGAAAGAGGGUGCUUUUGCCACCUGGACUGCUAAGGAAAUCCAACAGCUUCUCCCUGACAUGGAGGAAGCAAAUGGCAACACCUUUGGGGACAUCUUUAUGCAUCAUUAUGGCAUGAAGGAAGAGGGCAACGUCUCUGCUAGCCAGGAUAUUCAUGGAGAGUUGCAAGGCCAAAACGUACUCAUCGUGCGUUCAUCCCUGGAGCUCACCGCUGCCAAGUUUGGUCUGGAUGUUGCACGGGUGCAAACCAUUCUUAGCAUGUGUCGGGAUCGAUUAUAUAAAGCUCGCAGGUUGCGCCCUCCUCCGCAGAGAGACACCAAAAUUUUGGCUUCUUGGAAUGGUUUAAUGCUUUCAGGCUUGGCUCGCUGCGGAGUGAUCCUCAGAGAUGAAGAGUACAUCGAGAGAGCCAAAUUGGCAGCUUCUUUCUUGCAUGAAAAUAUGUAUGAUCUGAAGAGUGGGAUAUUGUUAAGAAGCUUCUACAAGGGCCAUCAACCAAUUGCCGAUCUGGUUCCUGGGUUUCUUGAUGACUAUGCCUUCAUGGUCCGAGGUUUACUGGACUUGUAUGAAGCGUGUUUGGACCAGUUUUAUCUAGAAUGGGCUCUACAACUUCAGGACAGGCAAGACCAACUAUUUUGGGACGCCAAAGGAUCGGGUUAUUUCUGUAGCGAUGCCAGCGACUCAAGUAUUCUACUGCGUUUGAAGGAUGAUCAAGAUGGAGCAGAGCCCAGCGGAAACUCUGUGUCUGUGGUUAACCUCUUGCGGCUGGCCUGUUACACCGGUCGUACAGAAUUUACGGAGAGAUCUGGCCAGAUACUGGCUGCGUUUUCGGAACGGUUGCUGAAGGUCCCGGCCUCUCUUCCUGAGAUGGUUCGGGGAAACAUGAUCUAUCACCAAACAGUCAAACAGGUGGUAGUGUGUGGCGACAAAGAAGAUCCAAACACUAGAGAACUGCUGGAAGCUGCACAGAGCAUGUAUGUUCCUAACAAGGUGCUGAUCCUCGCAGACAGGACGCAGACAAGUUUCCUUUACAGCCAUCUGCCCUUUCUCCUGUCUCUGGAGCAGAAGGACGGCAAAGCCACAGCCUACGUGUGUGAGAAUUUCACCUGCUCUCUGCCAACCACCUCUCCGGCUGACCUGCGCACCAUGCUAGCACCCUCUGGCACCCAGCGAUCACGGCCUCUGUAGAUGUCAGCCCUGUAUGCCCGGUGUCAGCGCUGGGAGUUUCUGCAUAAACAGAUUGGUAUUUUGUGCACAAGCAUCUGGCAGUUCAUCCCGCAGGAGAUGCCGUGGGCUCAGUGCCCUGGAACAGUCUGCCUGAUUCACAGCCACAUCAAGGCAGCAUCUGAAGGCACGGAUCAGACCCGGUGUGCCCCGUUGUACUAGGCCCUCAUAACCUACUCACCCUCGACUUAUCCCUGCAAAACAAAACACUGUAUUAUAUUGUAAACAGUCUGUUGUUUCAUGUCAGAACAGAUGUCACUCCACUUGGCUUUUGCAUUACAAAGUCCUAGGAGUGUAGCUUGCUCUUCGCCCAUUGGCUGUCAGGAGGGUGGUGGUAAUAGCUGUUGAAACAGAGGACUGCAGGUUGGACACCUUUAAUGUAUAUACUGAAACUAUCCAAAAAUUAGUAGACAAUAAUAUUGUACUCAAAGAUGGGAACCUCAACAGUGACAGCUUCACUGCUGGGAGUGGCACAAUCAGACAUACCAAAGAAAAUGGAGGCAGUGACAAAAAGUCAACCUACACGUGACCCUAACCAGCACUCUUUCAACCCUAAUGGUGGCCAUCCACGGGCAGAUUUCAGCUGCCAAUUUGGGUCCUUCAGAACGUUUCGACAGCUUAUGUAACCGUAUGUGGGGCCCUCUGAAAGGCCUCCCUAAUAUCUGGCCAAAAAUUUGGCAGAUGUUGAUUGAUUUUAUUGUCACAUCGAGGCCCGCAUAGGCUCAUUCUUCACUCAGACUUCUCAUUUCCCCUUCAUUGCAAUGCAGAUGUUUGGCCCUAGAGCUAAAGAUUGCAUUAGCAAGAUAUUGCCCACCCAAUGUUGGCAAAUCUUAUCGUGUAUGGCCUCUUUCAAACUCUACUAAGACGAAUGAGGUGAGCUGGUGAUUUGCCUGCCUAACCUGUCUGGGUCCAGGCCUGGACUGGCAGUCUGUGGAUUCUGGCAAAUGCCAUAGACCGUCAUUAUUUAAUGCGCUGGUGGGGGGCCAUUUGAGCCUCUUCUGUAGCUGCUGUAUCCUAAGACCUCUAAGCUGCUGUAUCCUAAGACCUCUUAGAAAAAAAAAUUUUCUAAUGGAUGCAGGUUCUUAAUAAUGAAAGUGAUGAGACAACAAAGUCCCAAGAACCUGACAGUGUGAUGUUAUGAAGGUAGAUUGGGUCCCACCCGUAGAUUCAGCUGGUUAUCAGGAGACAACAGCAGCGUUGGAUAGAUAAUUAGCUCCAUUAUAUUAGGUCACUCAUUAUUAGAUGUCUCAAAAUGGGACUUCUGUUUGAGUGCUGUACAUUUCAUCAUAAUAUUAUUUGCUGUACCUUCUCUUGUAAACAAACUGAGUGUUUAUUUACCUUUAAAUUAACUUAUAUAAAACAUCAUUCUAACACAA